AAAUUAAAAGUAAUCUCUUUCAUCAUCUUCCUUCCACCUUCGACUUCAAUUUUCUGAAAAAAUAAAAAUAAAAAUCUGUUCUAAGGUUGUUGUUCCUCCAUUAAUGGCGGUUUAAAGCUCCAAAAUUCUCAUGUGGGUCAUACCCAAAACCCUCCACUCCCAAUAAAACAAUUUUGAAAUAUGAGUUCUCAAACUCACUUUUUUUUUUUUUUUUUUGUUUAAAGAUUUGUAUGAUUUUAAGAAUUUUCAAAUGGAAAAGAGUUUUAAAAUCAAUCACAUGGCAAGUAGACUGCAGGUUGCCUUUCUGAUUUAGCCUUUUACCCACGCUCAAUACAGACUCAUACUGACAGAGACAGAAGAAAGAGAAAUUUUUUUAAAAAAUUAAAAAUAAAAAUUGGGACAGAGACACUACGCAGAAACAUCGCUGUCUAAAUUUCUCACUAUUUUUUCUUUAUUUAAUUUGUUUUUUUUUCUUUGAAUUAUUUCUUGAAUUGCUUGACCCAUUUUCGGAGCUCCGACCCACAAGGGUAGUGUAAUUUAAUCGAGUGGAUUUUUUGUUUGUUCCUUUGGUUCUCAAUUCUUUUUGAUUUUUUGCCCACUCGCCGGAGCAAAAAUGCUCUCUGGGUUUUCACAGGAACCGGCCGGAAUGUACUCCACCAUUACGGCGCUGCCGAUGGACGGCGGCGGGGGUAAGUUUCAGGGUUCUUUAGAUGGAACGAAUCUUCCCGGUGAUGCUUGUUUGGUUCUCACGUCGGAUCCGAAGCCGCGCCUCCGCUGGACGGCGGAGCUUCAUGAACGAUUCGUUGACGCCGUCACUCAGCUCGGCGGCCCAGACAAAGCAACCCCAAAAACAAUUAUGAGAACAAUGGGAGUAAAAGGUCUCACCCUUUAUCACUUAAAAUCACACCUCCAGAAAUAUCGGCUUGGGAAGCAAUCGUUCAAGGAAUCAACCGAGAACUCUAAGGAUGCUUCUUGCAUUGCAGAGAGUCAAGAAACAAGUUCCUCGUCGUCGCCGUCGUCGAGAAUAAUGGCACAGGAUCUGAAUGAUGGUUUCCAGGUCACGGAGGCUUUACGAGUGCAAAUGGAGGUUCAAAGAAGGCUGCACGAGCAGCUGGAGGUGCAGCGACAUCUUCAACUUCGCAUUGAAGCACAAGGCAAAUACUUGCAGUCGAUACUCGAACGGGCUUGUCAAGCAUUGAGUGAUCAGGCUGCAGCAUCUGCAGGACUCGAAGCUGCCAGAGAAGAGCUCUCUGAACUUGCAAUCAAAGUCUCCAAUGAUUCAAAAGAGAUGGCACCAUUGGAGACUCAGAAAGUGCUUCCCUUUUCAGAACUUGCUGCUGCUUUAGAAAAUCGAAAGGCUCCUACCGUUAUGCCUCGAAUAGGCGAUUGCUCCAUGGAUAGCUGCCUAACAUCAGCUGGUAGCCCGGUUUCCCCAAUCGGAGUAGGAUCAACUGCCACCGCAAUGAAGAGACCGAGACCGGUCUUCAGUCAUGGAGAUUCAAUGGCUCUCGAGGGCAAUGCUCGGCAUGACGUCUAAUGGAUGAUGAGUAAUAUUGGAUGAAACUUAGGACUUUCCCCUGUCUAAAAGUUCAGCCUUUUCUUCUGAUCUACGUCCUCUAGCUCAUCCAAAUGUGUUCACAUCUUUAAUGAAGUAUUAUGCAAUCUAUUUUCUGGUUUGUAUAUUCUUUAUAAUCAGACUCUUUUUGCUGCUUCUAGUUUCUCUGAUCUUCAUUAUAGAGUGAUCCAUCCUCUUUUGCUUUUGGAAAUGUGAAAGUUUCCAUAUGAAUGCCCCCCUUUGUACAAUCAAUGACAAAAGUGCUGUUGACCAACUUUUUGAGAUGAUGCCAAAAUCUUCCAUUAUUAAUUGGUUGAUUAAAAUCCAACCUUCUUCCA